UUCAGUUAUUCAAGUUAAAAUGUUCAUCCAAUUUUGUUUCGUUAUCUGCCUAGUCGCAGUUUUUCAAACAAUCUGUUCAGCCCAGUCCAUUGGCAAUGUCAACAAAAACACAGCCGAGCAAGCAUUUCUAGAACUUUCCUGUCCACCUGCACCAACCACGUGCGUGGAUGUGGUCAGUUCCUCGCCCAGGCCAGUAGUCAUCCUGUCAAGCGGACUAGAGGUGAUGUGUGACACGCAGACGGACGGGGGAGGGUGGACGGUGAUACAGCGACGAACCAACGGACAAACAGAUUUCUACCGAGGUUGGGAGGAAUACAAGUACGGCUUCGGUGAUGUGGGUGUAGGUGAAUUUUACCUCGGCAACGAGAACAUUCACCGUCUGACGUCACUCAGGCGAUACGAGAUGCGGGUCGAUUUUAAACACAACACCAUCGACUACUUCGCGAGAUACGCAAGGUUUCAAUUGUACGGAGAACCGGAAGGUUACAGGUUAAAGGUCAGCGGUUAUUCAGGAAACGCCGGGGAUGCUCUGGCUCAAACACACAACAACCAGAAGUUCAGCACGUUUGACAAGGACAACGACAGCCACGCCAGCAACUGCGCGGAGGUUUACCACGGUGCGUGGUGGUACGCGGGCUGUCACAGUUCCAACCUCAACGGCCUCUGGGGAAGCACCGCCUACGCUACAGGACUGACCUGGGUCACCACGACCAAUUACUACGCGUCUGCUACGUCUACAGAGAUUAAGAUCAGGCCGAUUUAGUUGGGAAAAAGGCGAGCUUCUGAGCUGUAUGUCUAAUUUUAACUAAAUAUUUCAAAAUAUUAUUAAGAAAAGUA